AUGAUGAUCACUAUCUCCUGCUUCGUAUUGACAUUCUAUAUUCUGCUCCUUCCAAGUUCAAUUCACGUACAGCAAUUAUGUUCUUCAUUACGACCACGUCGUGUCCGUAUUGAUCACCACGACGUUGAUACUCAUCGUGAUAUUGUGGUUGAAAGACCAAUUUUUUCUUGGUUGAUCGAUGACGAAAAGUAUUCUUGUAAUGGUACUUCACUACGUGGUAUCCAUCAGAUAGCUUAUCGGUUGAUUAUCGUCAAAGAAGUUAGUUUCUAUUCACCGAUACAGAAAUCUGUCGUCAUCUAUGACUCAGGGCGUGUCAUGUCAUCCGUAUCGACCAACGUUUUAUACGGUGGUCCAGAUUUGACAUCUGACACCCGAUACAAAUAUUCUAUCCAAUACUGGUCAUCUACUGGCGCAAUAAGUGAGCCUGUAAGCGGUCGAUUUCGGACUGCUCUAUCCAAUCCCACGAACGAAUUGACGGCAAAUUGGAUAGGCUCACGUCACAUUAACAUGAAUGAAUUGCGACGGGAAUUUUAUAUUCCGCAAGGCAUAUUAUCGGCUACUGUAUUUAUGAGUGGAAUGGGUUACGGUAUCUUAUAUGUGAAUGGUGUAAAUGUGGAUCCUUCGCGUCGUUUUGAUCCUGGAUGGACUACAUAUACGCAACGUGUUCUAUACGUUUCAUACGAUAUAGCUCAACAUCUAACAGCUGCGUCCAUGAAUUGCAUUGGUGUUCAUUUAGGACUUGGAUUUUAUACACAUGAACAGUGGGGUGGGGGAACUCCAAGUCCAGCACCAGAAGUAUUUGGCCCACCACCACGACUACUCUUACAAGUCAAUAUUGUACUCAGUGACCAUACAACCAUGAAUAUAAGUUCCGAUACAACAUGGCUCGGUCGUGAAGGCGCUCAUCGUAAAGAUAGUGUAUAUAUGGGAACAAUCUAUGACACUCGUGCUGAACGAUACAACUGGUCAAGUGUCGGUUUCACUGAUCCGUACAGUCUAUGGUUAAAUGCGUCUACCAUUGAAUCGCCAUUGACUUCACCAGUUGGCCAAUUAACAUAUCAAUCAAUGGAUCCAAUACGGAUAAGUCCAUAUGCCCUACAUAUUGCUACAUCAGCAUCGAGAACUGGCUAUGAUUCAAUGCCACCAGGCGUCAUCGGCGGUAAUAUCAUGAAUAGCGGUGUUUUUAAUGCAACGCCGUUAGCAAACCAACAGGUUCCAACGUAUGAUGUUUCACAAAAUAUUGCUGGCUACUGCACAUUGACAAUUACGGGCAGACAAGGUAUGACUGUGUCGACGCGACAUGCAGAAUUACUAAACGAACCAGGUAUCGAUGGAAUUAAAUAUCAAGGACUCAACGCUGCCAAUUAUCAAAUUAUUUCUGCAUCUGAUGAUUUUAUCAUUCAAGGUAGUCCACAUGAAGUAUUGGUCCCUAUGUUCACUUAUCAUGGCUUCCGUUAUAUAUCGGUGUAUGCUAAUUACAUUAAUAUUGAGUCCGUCGUUUGCGCCGCAAUACAUAGUGAAACAACUCUCACAGGUAAUUUUACUUCUUCAUCGCUGGUACUCAAUCAAAUUCAACACAACAUUCUGUGGUCACAACUCAGCAAUAUAAUGUCAAUUAUAACAGACUGCAGUCAACGACAGGAGCGACGAGGAUGGCUUGGCGAUGCAGCCCUAUCAGUCGAUACAGCAUUAUUCAAUUUUGAUUUGUAUGGAUUAUAUGUAAAUUUUCUACGGAAUAUUGCAGACGUUCAGCAUCAAGAUGGAUCGAUACCUGAUACAGCACCCUACUCUGUUGGUGGUUAUGUAGCUGAUCCCUCAUGGGCACAUGCUUAUCCAGAAAUAACUUGGCGCAUCUACCAACAUUACAAUGAUACGGAUAUUGUAAAAAUACACUAUGCUGGAGUUCAAGCAUGGGUGGACUACUUGACAAGUCGUGCACGACAAAGUGGUUUAGCAAAUUUUUAUUUCGCUUACGGUGAUUGGGAAACACCCGCCAACUAUCCUGUGACCAACAGUUCAUUGGUUUCUGCAUUUUCAUAUCUUAGUGACGUACAAACAAUGAUAAUUCUCUCAAAAAUUCUCAAUAAUCAGACUAACAUUGCCAAAUAUAGUAAAUUGUAUGAUCAAUUAGCCAUAGAAUUUCAUGAGACAUUCUAUAAUUCUACUAUCAAUGGAUAUGCAAAAGGUUAUCAAACGGCGAAUGCAUUGGCAUUGAAGCUACCUGACGUUGUACCUUCAAAUCUACGUGCAUCAGUCGUCAAAGCCCUUGCUGAUAAUAUUGCUGCUAAUGACAAUCAUCUGACAACUGGUAUCAUUGGUACAGCUGCACUAUUUCCAGUUUUGUCUGAUGCUGGUUAUCAUGAUUUGGCAGUGACAGUGGCAACACAAACAACAUAUCCAUCUUUUGGUUUCAUGUUUAAUAAUGAUGUCCAGAAUGCAACAACAAACUGGGAGACAUUUCACGCUCUAUUAAAAGGUUUUGGUGGUACGGAUAGUCUAAAUCAUCAUAUGUUUAAUAGUAUUGGUGCAUGGUUUUACCGUUAUUUAGCCGGUGUGCAACUGAAUGGUUUUAAUGAAGAUCUUAUUAUACGUCCGCGACUGACUCGACUAUUGAUAAAUGUCGAAGCGGAAGUACAAACAAUCAGUGGACCAAUUCUUGUUUCAUGGGAACUACACGAUGAUGACAAAACAGUCACCUACGAUGUGACCGUGCCAAGUUCACUUCACUCGAUUAUUACAUUCGAACCUAUAGAACCAAUGGCUCAUUGUCUGUCGAUUGAAGAAAGUGGCAUAUUAGUCUGGCAUCGAUCCUCACCACUGGUCGAAACAACUCUUAGUGGUAUCAUUUGGAUACGCCCCGAUUCGAUGGUCGACAACGCGAUGAGUAUCCGCGUAGACAGUGGUUCAUACCAUUGGAAAGUACGAUGGCAUUAA